GGAUACAAAGGAAUGUUUAUUAUUCUUAAGUUUACAAGAGAUCGGGUUUAGUAACGAUAAAGUUAAGGUUUAUGUUUUUAAAACCUUAAAUUACAAUCUUAGUAUACUUGCCACUUGCCAUAUUUUAUGUUUAAAUUUCUAUUAUAUUUGUUGUAUUGGAAACAAAUGAAUGUUGUUAUUGUAAUUUUUUCAUAAUUGCAUGAAUUGCAAAUGCUGUCCAGCUAUAAAAUUAAUUUUUUUUUCUUUAAGAAAUAUAGCUAUUUUGACGUUUGCUAAAAUGGGAGAAAAUUUUUAUGGACAUUAGUGUAUAUUCUUGUACACAUUGGAAUAUAUAUAUUAGAUAUUUCUAUUUUUUCGAAAAUACAUUAUAUUAAUAAAGUUAAGAUUCGACACUUUUGUUAUAGGCAUUAGUGAUUAAAAAUUGUCGAAAAUUCACAACAAGAAUUGAAGAAAAGAUGUGAAUGUUGUGUGAUAUUUUGUAAUUGUAUGGAUCGUUUAGAUUAAAUAAAAUGAAAUAUUGCACAUGAGCAAGAACGUACAGAGCCCCCAAAAAUUGUGAUCGUUGUUUUGAGGGCGAAGAAGAAAAUCAACAUGAACAAACCGAUACUGUUUUAAUUAAUUAUUUGCGAUUUUUCGCCCAAAUAAGAGUGAUUUUUUCGUUUCGCUGUUUAAAAAAUGAUUAGCGGUACGAACUUUUCUUCUUCGCACGUGUCUCGACAAGCAUCUCUGGAGCAUUUUGUCGCCACUGAGUCGUUAUUUUUCAGAUAACAAAGAACCCACAAUCUAUCAUCGCAAGAGGACCAAGAACACCAAGAAAAAGAGGUGCGUCAAGUUUUCGUGUCCUAAUCCGAAUUGCCAGAGCGCUUUUGGGUUGAAAUUCAGCUUGCGGCACCAUCUUCGCUACGAAUGCGGCCAGAAGCCCAGGUUCAAGUGUCCCUACUGCCACUACAUAUGCAAGCGCAAGGCCGACAUAAGAAAGCACAUUGGGCGCAAGCAUAAGAACCGUUAUGUCUAUGUCAUCGACAUUAUUCGGAAUGUUGUUUGUUAGGAUACAAAGGAUAUUAUUCUUAAGUUUACAAGAGAUCAUAUGUGGUAACGAUGAAAUUAAGGUUUAUGUUUUUAAAACCUUAAAUUACAAUCUUAGUAUACUUGCCAUAUUUUAUGUUUAAAUUUCUAUUAUAUUCGCUGUAUUGGAAACAAAUAAAUGUUAUGUUAUUAUUGUAAGUUUUUCAUAAUUGCAUAAAUUGCAAAUGCUAUCCAGCUCUAAAAUUAAUUUUUUUUAAAUAUAGCUAUUCUGACCUUUGUUAAAAUGCGAGGAAAUUUUUACGGACUACAGAGUACACUUAUUCUUGUACACAUUGGAAUAUAUGUUAGAAUUUUCUGUUUUUUAAAACUACACCUAUAUAUUUGAAAGAUUAAGAUUUAGUACUUUUUUUUAUAGAUAUCAAGUAAUUAAAAAUUGUUAUUAUUGAAAACUUACACCAAGAAUUAAAGAAAUGUAAAGUUUAUGUGAUAUUUGUAAUUGUGUGGAGCGUUUAGUUUAAAUAAAAUGGAGUAUCUUACAGGAGCAAGAACGUUCAGAGUCCCCAAAAGUUGUAAUCGCUGUUUCGAGAGUGAAGGAGAAUAUUAACAUGGACAAGCGGAUAUUGCUUUAAUUAAUUAUUUGCGAUUUUCCGCCCAAAUAAGUGUUUUUUUCGUUUCGCUGUUUAAAAAAUGAUUAGCGAUAACAAAGAACCCAUAAUCUAUCGUCGCAAGAGGACCAAGAACACCAAGAAAAAGAGGUGCGUCAAGUUUUUAUGUCCUAAUCCGAAUUGCCAGAGCGCUUUUGGGUUGAAAUUCAAUCUGCAGAAACAUCUUCGCUACCAAUGCGGCCAGAAGCCCAGGUUCAAGUGUCCCUACUGCGACUACAUAUGCAAGUUCAAGGCCGAUGUAAAGAAACACAUCCCAACCAGGCAUCAGAACUGCUAUGUCUAUGUCAUCGAUAUCGAGCGGAAUGUUGUUUGUUAGAGUACGAAGAAAUGUGUAUUAUUUCUUAAGUUAACAAGAGAUCAUUUUUGGUAACAGUGAAGUUUAUGUAUGUUCUUUUUACAAUCUUGUAUUAAAAUCUUAAUGUUGUACUUGCCAUAUUUUAUGUUGAAGUAUCUAUUAUAUCCACUGCAUGACAAUGAUAGAUAUUAUUGUAAUUUUUUCAUAAUUGCAUAAAUUGCAAAUGCUAUUCAGCUCUAAAAUUAAUUUUUUUUUAAUAUAGCUAUUCUGACCUUUGCUAAAAUGCGAGGAAAUUAUUACGGACUAUAGAGUAUAUUCUUGUACACAUUAGAAUAUAAAUUAGAAAUUUCUAUUUUUUAAAACUACACCUAUAUAUUUGAAAAAUUAAGAUUUAGUACUUUUGUUGUAGACAUCAAGUAAUUAAAAAUUGUUAUUAUCGAAAACUGACAGCAAGAAUUAAAAAAAUGUGAAACUUAUGUGGUAUUUGUAAUUGUAUGGAACGUUUUUAGUUUAAAUAAAAUGGAGCCCCUCACAUGAACAAGAACGUUCAAAGCCCUGAAAAAAUGUGAUUGCAGUUUUUCGUUUUGCGGUUUAAAAAACGAUUUAGCAAUACGAACUUUUUUCGUAUGUUUUGACGACUAUUUCUGGAACAUUUUAUCGCGAACGAGUCAUUAUUUUUCAGGUAACAAAGAACUGACGACCUAUCUUCACAAGAAGACCAAGAAGAUCAAGAAAAUGAAGUGCGUUGAGUUUUCGUGUCCUAAUUCGAAUUGCCGGAGCGCUUUUGGCCUGAAAAACAACUUGUAUAGACAUCUUCGCUACGAAUGCGGCCAGAAGCCCAGGUUCAAGUGUCCCUAUUGCGACUACGCAUGCAAGUUCAAGUUCGACAUAAAAAGGCACAUUCAAGCCAAGCAUAAGAACUGCUAUGUCUAUGUCAUCGAUAUUGUUCGGAAUGUUGUUUGUUAGGAUACAAGGGAAUGUGUUAUUUGUAUAGUUAAAAUUAAGAUUAAUUAAAUAAGAUUCAACAUUUUUUUUAUAGACAUCAAAUAAUGAAAAAUUGUUACUAUUGAAAACUGACAAUGAGAAUUAAAGAGAAAGUGUGAAAUUUAUGUGAUAUUUGUAAUUGUAUGGAAAGUUUUUGGUUUAAAUAAAAUAGAGCAUUUUACAUGAACAAGAAGGUUCAGAGUUCUCAAAAAUUGCGACUGCAGUUUUGAAUAAUAAUGGCGUCUUUUCGUUUUGUGGUUUAAAAAACAAUUAGCGGUACAAAUUUUUUUCGUAUGUGUCUUGACGACCAUCUCUGUAAUAUUUUAUCGCGAAUGAGUCGUUAUUUUUCAGAUAGCAAAGAAUCGACGCUCCAUCGUCGCAAGAGGAACAAGAGAAUGAGGGGGUGCGCCAAGUUUCUGUGUCCUAAUCCGAAUUGCCAGAGCGCCUACACGUGCAAAUACAACCUGCAGACCCACAUUCGUUACCACUGCGGCCAG